CAAUUUAUUGUUGAUGUAAAGUGAACUUUAGCUCUGAAUGACACUCUCUCUAUGCUAAUAUAUAACUCUAUGAUCAAGUCAAGAAAGAUAAGAUAUAUGACAGUUAUGACAUGACAUGUUAUGUUUGUCAUGUUGACAUGAAUGAAGAAUACAUAAGGAAGAAUUAAAAUCUACAGUUGUCCUUUAUAAACAUGACGACCGAACAAAAAUUUAAUGCUGCUGUGAAUGUCAUUCGAAGUUUACCAAAAAAUGGUUCCUACCAACCCAGUAAUGAAUUGAUGCUUAGAUUUUACGCAUAUUUUAAACAAGCUACAAACGGAACAUGCACAGGAUCACGCCCCGCUUUUUGGGAUCUUGUAGGAAGAGCAAAGUAUGACGCUUGGAAGAGCCUUGGAGAUAUGCCCAAACAAGAGGCAAUGACAAAAUAUGUCGAUGAAUUACAUUCGAUAGUAGAAACUAUGAGCUAUUCAGAUAAGGUAGCUAAUUUCCUAGAAGCUCCUACCAAUGAAUUAGAUGCAAUAAACUUCGACGACUUGGAGUUAAUUGCUGGAGAUGUUAUCGAAAGAGUUAGAUCACAACCUAAUUCACCUUUAGCAUCAAGAGAAGGUUCUCCAAUUAGGUUUGGUUCUAAAAGUCCCAGUGUAGGAUCAACUCCGUCUGUUGCUCCCAGUACUCCAGAUGACUCAGAUCACAGUGAUGAUGAAUAUAUUGACACGAUAGAGGUAUUUAAUCCAGAUCCCCCAAGAAUGAACAUAUCUCACGAUGGUAUUCCAAACGGAUACAUACAAACACCACAAAAUCAACAUAUUUCAAGAUCAAAAAUUAAAUCCACUACAAACGUAGACGUGUCACAGGAAAUAUCUUUGGCUGUACAGAGCCUGCGAGCGGAUAUCGAAAAUAUAUCGAAGAAAGUUAAUUCAUUGGAAAAUGCAAAUAGGUUGGUAGCGAAACGACAAAAGAGAUUAUUUCCAGGAGUCCCUAACAAUUUCUUAGCUUUUGUCAUAGCAUGGCCUUUUAUAGCCACAUUUAUCAUGAAUCGAUAUUGGUAUCGAAGGAAUCUUUAGGAAAAUUUGAACAAGUGUGAAGUUUAGAUACCUGAUACUGUAGGACAAAACUAGUCUUUUAAUAUAAAAUUGUUUUUUCAAAGUAGAUGGUCGAAGAUAGCGAUUUAUAAGAACUUAACAUUGACAAAAGGCCUGCUACUAAUAGACAAAAAAUAAAUAAUCAUCCAAGGAAACAAAAUAUACAUUUAAUUUUAUAGCUAACUAUAAUAUAACGUGAUUAAUGUUGCAAAACACUUUUUCUUUUCGUAUAUUAGUGAAAAAUAAUCGUAUAAAUAAAAGUAAUUGUGCCUUUAUUGUAACUAUUAUUUAUAGAUAGAUAUAUAUCAUGCUGAGAAGAAUAUCUAGAGAUAUUCUUUUCAGCGUGAUGUUCACGACGCUUCAGAUUCAAUUUAAAAGAUAUUUUGCCUCGGUAUUUUUAUCUUUCUUGAAAAAUACUUUUCAUGUUUAAUAGACCAUACAAGCACAUACAAGAGAAAUUUUAGUGGUGCGAUGAAGUAUUUUAUUUCUGGAGGACUUUUUAUCAAGAAUAUCUGCUUCUAUGGAACAAAAUCCUGCUCAAAAGACCAAAUAUGAUGCUCGCCUCUUAUGCUAGAUAUCACACAGUGAGAUGUUCAGAGUCAAGAAGAUUUUUCCAUCGAGUUGUUGACUGCUGUUUCACGUUUCUUUUGCAUCUGGUAUCUAGUACUACUUGUAAAUAAUCAAUUAUUUUUAUGACUAGAUAUGACUGCUUUUAUUUUUAUCAUGAUAUCAAAAUUGAUACGUAAAUUUUUAAUUACCACAGUUUGAAAUUUUGUUCUUUUUAAAGGAAGAUUUUUAUAUUAGUGUAAAAAUAUAGUGGCGCAUGUCACCUCACAAGGCACAUCGCCGAAGAAACAAAUCGAUACAUUUCAAUAGCAGUUAACAUAGGAGAGGAUCGCACCUCGCCAGGCAUCUCGCUAUUUGUUUUUAAUAUGCGAUGAUGCCUGGCGAGGUGCGUUGCUUCACUAUAUUUCUACACUUAGAAACGAAUAAACGGCACAUGCUAUUACGUUUUUCUGUAAACACUUUCAUUUUGAGCGGUCGAAUAAAUAGAAAUAGUGUAAUGAGUGAUAGCAAACAAAUGUUAGAAUCAAAAACAGAUGAAAGAAAAAGGCUACCAGAACAAUAACUAUUUUAAGCUACUGAGCCAUUUUGAAAACACUGAAAAUAAUUCAGUAUCACUCAAACAUUUUAUCACUCAAUCCCAAUCGCCAUUGUUCUCUAUCAUAACACAUGUCUUCGUUCAAGCUUCUUUCUCUAAUUUCCCUAUGAAUUCCCUUUAUCCCGCUUUUCCUAGGUCUUCCUCUUUUCCGCCGUCCGUUUGGUGCCCACCGCAGUACUUGCUUGGGGUCUUUCGUCUUCCAUAUGUUGUACACGUGGCCAAACCAUCUUAGUUGCCUUGUUUUUAUAUCGUCAAUUAUAGUGUGCUUUACAUCCAUUAUUUCUAAUAUUCUUGUAUUUCUAAUUUAUCUCUUCUUGAUAUACCAGUGGCUCGUCUCCAGAAGUCCAUUUCAGUUGUUCUGAUCAAAUUUUCGGAUUUUUCUUUAACUUUGCUGCUAUAUGUUAUAAUGCUCUUAAAAAUGCCGUUACAUGUUAUGCUUAUUUUCUUUGGAAAUACUUUGAUGCCAUAGGAUUGUGUUCAAUAAUGCGAUAGCUUUCCUUUUUUGUGUGCACCUUUCUUGGAUAUUCUUGUCCAAUGUUCCAUCUUGUGUAAUUUUAAGCCCCAAGUAUUUACAUUCCUGACAGUGAUUAAUAGUUAUUUCAUUUUCCAACGCUAGAUUCUGCUGUAUACCUCCGAAGCACAUAUAUUCCGUUUUUUGGUGUUCACUUCUAAACCCCAGCUCCGGUACUCUUCUAUGAUUUUGCGGGUCAUAUUCAUUAUCGUGAUAAUCCUGGGGCAUGAGAAUCUGAUCAUCCGCAAAACAUAGAGUGUAUAGCAUGUUAUCAUUUAGCGGUUUACCCAUAUUUUUAUAUUUCCUUUUCCAGGAUUUAAAAACUUGCUCCAAAUAUAUUUUAAAUAGCGUGGGUGAUAGACAUCAGCCCUGUUUUAGACCCUUAUUCACUUCCAAUCCUGACGAGAUUUCCUUGCCGAGCUUAACUUUUGAUACACUCGGGUGCAAAAUUAACCGGACACUUUAAAAAUGGGUAAUUUUUGAUGUCUCGCAAUUCAUAAACCUGUUGUCCGAUUUAAGUGAUUUUUUAAUAUGUUAUAGCCUUAUUCUUUGACAAUACCGUUUUAAUAAUAUUGUUGCUAAACAGGUAAAUUUUCAUUGUAUACGAGGUGUACCAAUGAAAUUGUGUUUUUUUCUUAAACUUCGCAUCACCCUGUGGAAUAUUCUAGCAUUUACAAAAUACUGAAAUUGAAAUCUAACUACAGCCUCAUGUUUUCCAAAAAUUUUGCUUUUUGGUUCAUUCGCGUACAUUGGACCAUAAAAAAGUUAGGUACUUUAACAACUAGCCAUGUUUUUCAUCAAUAUAGGGUCUUUUUAAAUAAGUAUGGCAACCUUUAAAGGGUAAUUCUGCAUGAAAAAAUAAUUACAGUUUGCUUUAUAAACGGUAUGUCCGCAAAUGCUUCGUUUCUGAGAUAGGGGGUGUUGAAAUUUUUCUUACAAACUGAUGAUUUAUUUAGUGCUUUAAAACCGGUUGAGAUAUGCAAAUGAAAUUUGGUGGGUUUUAAGACGUAAAUAUUGCACAUUUUUUGACAAACAACUAAGAAUUUAAUAUUCACCAUUGGCGCGCAUACGGGUGAUAUGACAGCUCAUAUUACCCGUAUGCGCGCCAAUGGUGAAUAUUAAAUUCUAACUUGUAUGUCAAAAGUUGUAUAAUAACUACGUCUUAAAACCCACCAAAUUUCAUUUGCAUAUCUCAACCGGUUUUAAAGCAAUAAAUAAAUCGUCAGUUUAUAACAAAAAUUUCAACACCCUCUAUCUUAGAAAUUAAGCAUUUGCGGACAUAGGUUUAUAAAGCAAACUGUCAUUAUUUUUUCAUGUAGAAUAACUCCAUAAAGUUUGCCAUGCUUAUUUAAAAACACACUGUUUUGAUAAAAAACAUGGCUAACUGUUAAAGUACCUAACUUUUUAACGGUCCAACAUAAGCGAAUGACUCAAAAAACAGAAUGUUGAGAAAACAUGAGGCUAUAUUUGGGUUUAAAUUUGAGUAUUUUGUAAAUGUUAGAAUACUCCACAAGGCGAUGCGAAGUUUUAGAAAAAAACACAGCUUCAUUGGUACACCCGGUAUACAAUGAAAAUUUACCUGUUUACAGUUGAGUCCGCGAGUCUUUACCCGUGCGUCAUCACUUAAAGCAUACGAAAUAAGUCGGAAAUCUAUUUCACGCAACAACAACUGACAGAAAGUGGCUACUGUUCCGAUUACGGGUUUUAUUAUAAAAUUUGACGUUAUCAAAUAUAUAGAAUGUCAAAUGUAAGUUUUGCUUCAAAAUUUUUGCGCAGAAUUACAGCUACAUUUGAAGUAGCUUAAUAAAUUCUUUUAUUAUUAUUGAUUAAUAAAUAAAUAAACAAUUUAUAAAAAAAUCCAAUAACAUAUUUUAUUUUUGUUAUUUUAUUCACUGUGACGGAAAUCUAAACACAGUCAUUUCUUUACUGUGUGAAUGACGUUAGCUUUGUAUGUUUUAAAUAUUAAUUGCCUAAAUAUAAUUAUUUACCUUAAAAUUUCAAAGCCCAAUAUAAAAUUAGUUGUGAAAACAACUGUUUGUGUAAUGUAAAGAAACUUCAAAACGCAAAAAUUCGACAAAAACCGCAAAAAGUUCAACUGACUGACAGCCACAAAAUUAAACAAAUCAGAAACGUCAAACAAAUUGUGCUUAAAAUAUGAAAACAUACCGAAUCGUCUUUUUUUGUACCUAUCUCUUUUCAAUGCACUGAGUCUAGAUGGUUCAUAAAAAUAACAUGUGUUGUUACUUAAUAACAAACGGCAGCUGGUUUGUCAUGAGUUUCAUGCAUGGAAGAGAAUGAUGCUAGAUAAAAAGUAUGUGUUUUAUCUCGCCAGGUAUUAAUGACGCACGGGUAAAGACUCGCGGACUCAACUGUAGCAACAAUAUUAUUGGAACGAUAUUGUUGAAGAAUAAGGCUAUAACAUAUUAAAAAAUCACUCAAAUCGGACAACAGGUUUAGGAAUUGCGAGACAUCAAAAAUUACCCAUUUUUAAGGUGUCCGGUUAAUUUUGCAUCCGAGUGUAUAUUGCGGUAGUAUAGAUUUUUACAGCUUUAAUGAGCUUCAGAUUGAUGUUAGUUUUUUCGAGGGCUUCCCAAAGUUUACUUUAUGGCACAGUGUCGGAUGCUUUUUUUUUAAGUAUAUGUACACUAAAUGAAAUUCUUAAUUGUAGGCUAUUUGUUUGUCUAUUAACUGUGUUACACAAUAUAGGUGGUCAGUGGUGGAUCUGCCAGCACGGAAGCCGGCUUGCUCUUCGGCCUCUAAAUCUUUUUAUUCUUCUUCUACUUUUUACAUAAUUAUAGUAAUGGUAUUCUUCUGUAAUAUUAUUGGUUUGUUGCAUCAUCACGCCACACCUUGUAGUCGAUGGAAAUAAAUAUUAUGUAAGUGUUUCAGACAUACAGAAAAAAAUGGUCAUCACACCGAAUAUGGUCUAUCGAUUAUCUCCGAUAGUUUUAUUUAAAAAAUAAGCUCUGUAGAAGCGGUUUUAAAAAUACAAUGUUCCAAUUAAAGGAACCAUCUCCGUUUUGUUAGGUUUUAUAUCAUUUUGUUUCCAAAUGUAACAAAAUAAGAUAGUUUCUUUCAUUAAAGCAUUGUACUGUGAAAACGGCCUUCAGUAUGGAAUCUUAAACAUGAAGUAAGUAAUUUGUUGAUUAAUUUUGGUUUAUUUCUAACAAGAUACUUCAUAAUAACCGACGGACCACAUAAAAUAUUUACAGAAUCUUAUGUAUGAUUUUGCACAUAAGUAUAAAAACAUUCUGCAAAUUUUUCAAUAUAAAAUCAAGUAAUUAUUAUCAAACCCAGUAAAGCCCAUCUCUAAUUUAAGUAUUUAGUGGUAUAUCAAUAUUAUGGCAGUUAAUGUAUCACUACGUAGUAAGUAUUUUGUCAAUGUUUCUUAAAUGUUAUGGUUAUAGCUAAACCAUCUCAAAUGGACGUUAAAAAUUAUUCUGGUAUCUAAAUUCUUCAUAAUUAAACGGUAAUGUCUUAAAUAUAAUCAAGCUGGUUCAAUUUUAGGGGAUUUUUAAUUGUAGGUGGUCUCAGCCAAUAUCCAUAUUGAUAUGUAAAGGUUGUAAAGAUUAUUUUAUUUUCUAUUGUUGGUGAUAUUUAAGUAAACUUAUACAAUGUCAUAUUUUUAUUGUUAUGUAUAUAUGAAGUUUUAUAUUAUUUUGGUUUAAAAUAAACGAUUGGAAGUGCUUGAUAGUAUUUUGAUCCGACCAUGCACAAAAUAAUCUUUCGAGUAUAUUAAUUUUGAACUCAAAACAGUUGGAUAAUGUUUAUGUUGCCAACAUUAUCAUUACUUUUAUAAAAAAUCUACAACCAAAUUAUACAAACGAACAUAUGAUUUUUGUAUUGUUUAGGCAGAUUUUUAUUACUUCAAAGAAAACUAGUCAAAAAACGUAAUUUUUUUAUUAAAAGUUUUAAAAUGCUAUUAAUCAGUUUCAUCAUUUUAUUCUGGUGUUGUCAA